GAGUUGCCCACAACGGCCAGAUGGCUUCGUUACCUUAUUCAGCGUCACCCGGAUUACCGAGGUGACUCGGUUGUGUCUCCUCGCAUCACCGACGACCUAGUGGCCGAGUGCCUGGCCGUGUCGAACGGUCGGGCCAGCAAAAUGGACGUACUGCUGCACGGCAUGUCCUCUUCUCGCACUCGCAGUGGUCCGUCGCGGGCUGCACUCGCAGCUGAAACCUCACUGAACCUCAAACGCGUUGAACAGGAGGGCAAGGGCGCAUCCAGUUCCCUCACAUAUACCUCUGUUGGUUGUAACUAUGACCACUCAUGA